CGUUUUGCUCAAAAUCUGACAGAACUAGUUCAAUGAGAAAAACAUUAUUGCUUUCCGUCGACAUUUUUCUGAAUAUUCGGUGUUUAAUUCAAUAGUUUUUGAGUAAAAUAACAAAUAUAACAGGUGUCUUCCCAGCGAAUGAACGGUGUCCGAAAUGAGUGCGCCGGAACCGGAAAAAGUCAACGAUAGUGUUUCAGCCAAUCCGCCGUCGGUGGUAGACGACGGAUCCCUGACUGCCCCAGCGGCCUCCAGCGUAAAGAAAUCGCACCUCGAAGGAACCGACGCCACAAUGAGUGACGACGACAACAAAGUGAUCACAACCCUUGAAACGCCGAAAUCUACGAAAGAAAAGGUGAUUAUCCACAGCCAGACGAUCAUUAAACCGGCGGCCGAAUCGCCAACGGAGCCAAAAGCAACUAAUGAUUUGCUGGCCAAAAUGAAGAGUCGUCUGAGUAAACAAAUCGAUCUAAGUGUUAUUUCUACUCCAAAGUCGCAUCAGAUUUCCGGAUCUCACGAUUCGAGCGGAUCGAUUGAAAUACCCGCCGAUUUGAUUCUGGGUAGCGACAUUCCGGUAACUCCCGCAGCGGCGCAUGUCGCCAAAGAAGAACUGGAAGAUCACGAUCUGAUUGCGAUCCUCGAAGGAGACGACGUCGAUAUUACGGAAACGGCAACGGAAAUUGAAGUUCGGGUCGGCGGAGGAGACGAAGGUAUGUAUGAAGGAGAGCAACUGUUGGAGGAAAUUCAUAUCUCUAUCGUAGAUGAGCAGGAUCUUGAGGCGGAGAAGAAGGAACGGGAACGAGAGAUCGCGAUGAGACAAAUGGCCACACUUCCGAUUGCACCUAAGGGACGCAAACCAAAACAUGCCGGAGAUUGGCAAGAGCAGAAGAUGCCACCUUUAAAAGCAAGCCCUACGAAACGCUAUACUUCGAAGGCCGAAUCUUCAACUCCACCAGGGAUGAUUAAAACGGUGUCUGUGGAAAAGGUUCCACCCGUUUCGAAACCUAAUCUAGAGCUGAAAAGUCUUCCUGUAAAAUCACCACCAGGAACACCCGGACAAGUAACCAUCAAAGGCCAAACGACGAUCAAACCAGUUCCUAGACCAAUCGUCAUCAAGACGGAACCAGUCGAAAAGGGUGCCUUCCCAUCGCCCACUAAAAAGGUCAUGGUUCCACCUGUUAAGGCUGCUUCCGCUUCGAAGGCACUGAUUCAAAAACCUUCAUCCCUUACAAAACCAUUGCCUACAAAACCACCAACACAGAAACCAGCUUCUACUUCAAAAACAAUACCGCAGAAAACUUCUUUAGUUUCGAGUGUUCCACCACAGAAGCCAACCACUCAAAAAGCUAAUCCACCGGUACCCAGACCAAUACCGAUUCCUCCCGCAAAGACGAGUAAUGAUGAUCUAAUUAGUUCACUUGUUUCGGACUGGGAUGAUGAGCCAAUUGUUCCGAAGAAAGAGCCAAUCAGCCCCAUUGCUUCCCCACCUGUAGCGCAACCGACGACAAACGUAACAAUGGGUCCACCACAGCCACCCACCCCUGAGGAACCUGUAAAACGUUCACGUGUCAUCAAGAAGAAAAUAAUAUGGGACCCCGACAAUCCCGAAACACACAUGUCGUUUGCCAGUUUUGUUAAAUCAAACAGAACGAAACCCUUACCGGAGAGUCCCAAAGAAACGUUCACACCGCCCGCUCCGAUUCGCCCUCCGGGAACCGGCAUUCGUCGGAAAAGAGCGGAAUCCGUGGCCGCGCACAUGAUCAAAGAUACUCCCCAGUUUGCUUUGCCACCGCCACGAAAACGAGCUCGCACUCCGGAACCGGUUUCAUCAAAGGCCCCACCGGUUUCUUUCGCGCCCAAAAAUACAGCUCGAAAAAAGAAGAGCGAAAUCGAAAAACUUCUCGGAGACGAAGGGGCAAUCAAUAUGCUGUAUGACGUUGAAUGCGAGAACAGCAACACAGAUUUACUGAAAACUUCCGACCUCAAAGUCGAUUCGGAUGACGAAGACGAAAAGCUCAUGGCAAAGGCCAAAAUUAUCACCGACGCUGUCAUUAAGCAAGGUCACUCUCCAAACGAUAACGCAACACACGUUCCACGAAUGAGACCGAAACGCGCACCCACACCUCAACAAACGUCCCCCAGUCCGGCUCCACCUGCGACCACCACUUCCGGCACAUCAUCGCGUAAAUCCAGUGGCACCACGAAUGGCCCAGGCCGCAAACGAAAACAACCAGCAUCCGGUUCGGAAGAUUGGGAUUACGUUUACAACUCGCGGAAAACCUGCGAUGACGCAAUGAUCAUACGACGUCGUUCCAACAGCUCCUACUCCAGCUCAACCAGCCCUCGUCGGCUAAGCGUUGACCAACCAAAUACCACUGCUUCUGACACCCCAACAGACACACCCGAAAAGCCCAAUUUCGAGUUCAUCAAACCUUCUAACAAAUCUCCUUCCAAAUCCGAGAACAUCAAACUCGAUUCCUCCCUUGUCGCCAACAUGAAGGGAAAACUCAGCAAAGUUCUAGGUAGCAAACCCGCAGACAUAUCAUCCCCCGACAGCAGUCCUCCGGUGAAAGUGGAGAAGAAGCUCAAAGUGUCCCCGAAAGUGGUCAGUACGGAAUCGACCACAGCAACAGCCCCAACGACAACAACGGUUCGUGUCGAGGAGAACGGGGCCGGCAAAAGUUGGGAGUCGCUGCUGGAAAAGCUCACGGAGCUUAAACUGCAGGAGCUCAGCUUCAAGCGAAGUGGCAACUACAUUGAGCUUCUGCUGGCACCGAAGGAAACUAAACUCAAAGAUGUAUUCACUAUUGAGCUAAUCAAUGAACUGAAAACCGUACUGAACAUACUGAAGGGUGAUCCCAACGUGAGGGCUGUCCUAAUGCGAUCUAGUGGAAAGCAUUUCUGCCGAGGAAUCGACGUGUCGUACCUGAUUCAGACCAACGCAGAAAAACGCAAAAUAGCGGCUCAGGUUUACAGCGGUCAUUUAAGGAAUUUCCUUCAAACGAUGGCCACGUUCAACAAACCGUUGGUAGCUGCAAUUCACGGUGACAUGGUGGGUCUGGGAGUUACGAUGCUACCUCUUUUCGAUGUAGUCAUCGCUCAGGACAGCUCCACGUUUCAAACACCGUACGGCAUAUUAGGGCAUCUGCCAGAAGCAAUGAAGAUUUUUACUUCAACGAAAAACUUGAAGCCAAGAGCGAUAACGGACCUGCUCUAUCUGUGUCGAAAAGUGUCAGUUAAUACAGCACUAGAUUACGGACUGAUUUCGGAGGCAGUCAACGCCGAAAAGUUUCAAGAUCGAGCCGACAGUAUCACCAAGAAGCUGGCCUCUCUUUCACAACAGGCACUCAAAUCAAUGAAAGCAAACCUCCGCCAAGAAUUACUCGCCCGUUUGGACGAACAGCUAACUGCUGAGCAGAGAAAACUUUCUCAGCAGUGGAUUACCACUGAGUGCCAGGAAAAAUUCAAACAAUUUGUAAACCGUGGUGGCGAAUGGUAACACUUUUUCUUUGAGGUAAGUUUCGAGCAAUAAAUCCACUCGCGUCGUUACAUGGAUUUGGCCGAGCAAUUCGACGUAAGUACACAGAUGCUUUUAUUCUACAUUUUAGAUUUACUGACUUUUCAGCCAGUUUAAUAGUUAUUUCAAGAAACGAACUUAGAACGAGAUAUUUUCAUUGAAGAUUUACUUUAAAUGGAAUUGAUUAAUGUUAUCAGCUACUGAUAAGAAGAGAUAGAAAUUCAUUGAACGUAGAAUUUUUUCUAAUGCGGUUCAAAAUUUGUUCAUGUUCUACUAAAAUUUGAUUAAUAUUUACUAUCCCUCAGAUAUCUAUAAUAAAGUAAUUCAAUUGUUUCAAAUAGAAUUUAUUUUCAUAUAUGCGAAUAUUUUAUACAAUUGGCAUACAAUUGUGGCGCAUUGAGUGCAAAUAUGGUUUAAAACAGAAAAAAAUAACUGAAGCAUACAAUAUUUUGAUCCAUAGACACCUACACGUGUAUAGCCCAUAAGCAGAAGAAAUUUGUGGGAAAAUCCGCGGUCGAUUUAUUUAGACAUCUUUUAUUGCAAUACAUGUAUGAACAAAUCAGAAUAAAAAUCUUCCGUUCUUUCUAUUAAAAA